UCCCGGUGCUGGAGGAGUGAAGGCUGAUUCUGGGCGAUACCGAGGUCCGGCUCAGCAGCUCACGCCAGCCGAACACUGGACCCGUCGCUAGUGAACCGGACCUGUGGCAGUGUGACGCACCCGAACCGUAAAUGGCUCCCAUAUUCUCAAGAAGAGGAAGAAGCUGGUGGUGAGACUGCCAGUGCAUCCGAACCUGGAAAUUCGGAGGAGAAAAAUACCUGCGUGUUUAUUUUCACACGACGGAAGUUUAAGAGAGCGUUUUUCGGGAGGCUGCUGGCAUGGAUGACGACAGCCAAGUUCCCGAGGACUUGUCUUUGGAGGAAAGAGAUGAGCUGUCAAAUAUACGACGGCGGAAGAAGGAGCUUCUGGAUGAUAUUGAACGACUCAAGUUUGAGAUUGCAGAGGUCAUGACUGAGAUCGAGCAGCUGACCUGUGUAGGAGAGAGCAAAGCCACACAGAGAAACAAGCAGAUCGCCAUGGGCAGGAAGAAGUUCAACAUGGACCCAAAGAAGGGAAUCCAGUUCCUCCUGGAGAACGACCUCCUCCAGAACACACCGGACGACAUCUCUCAGUUCCUCUACAAAGGCGAAGGGCUCAACAAAACCGUAAUCGGGGACUAUCUUGGCGAACGGGACGACUUCAACAUCAAGGUCCUCCAGGCGUUCGUGGAGCUUCACGAGUUUGCAGACCUCAACCUUGUCCAAGCCUUAAGGCAGUUCUUGUGGAGCUUCAGACUUCCUGGCGAGGCCCAGAAGAUUGAUCGAAUGAUGGAGGCGUUCGCUUCCAGAUACUGCCAGUGCAACCCUGGUGUCUUCCAGUCUACAGACACCUGCUACGUCCUGUCGUUCGCCAUCAUCAUGCUGAACACCAGCCUGCACAACCCCAACGUCAGAGACAAGCCCCUGGUGGAGCGCUUCAUCUCCAUGAACAGAGGGAUCAACGAGGGGGGGGACCUCCCCGAGGAGCUACUCAGGAAUCUAUACGACAGCAUCAAGAGUGAACCCUUUAAGAUCCCGGAGGAUGACGGCAACGACCUGACGCACACCUUCUUCAACCCUGACAGGGAAGGUUGGCUCCUCAAGUUAGGGGGCCGAGUGAAAACCUGGAAGCGGAGAUGGUUCAUCCUGACCGACAACUGCCUCUACUACUUCGAAUACACCACGGACAAGGAGCCGCGUGGGAUCAUCCCGCUGGAGAACCUGAGCAUCAGGGAGGUGGAAGAGCCGCGGAAACCGAACUGAUUCGAGCUCUACAACCCGAAUCACAAAGGUCAGGUGAUCAAGGCCUGCAAGACGGAGGCGGACGGACGCGUGGUUGAAGGGAACCACGUGGUUUACCGGAUAUCAGCGCCGACGCCGGAGGAGAAGGAGGAGUGGAUCAAAUCCAUCAAGGCGAGCAUCAGCAGAGACCCCUUCUACGACAUGCUGGCCACCAGGAAGAGACGCAUCGCCAACAAGAAGUGAAAGCCGCAGCCGCUACCUUCCUCACUUUCUACACACCUUUUCUACCUUUCCCGCUCCACACACACGUUUGCUUUUCGGGUGCAUGUU